AUGGGGAAGAAGAACGACUUCGAGACCUCUGGCAGCGGCUACAAGAGGGUGCCGCUCCCCGUCACGCUGGGGAGGCUCAUGCACGACAAAUGGAUGCCGUGCGAGCGCUGGGCCGGCGUGCAACUGCCUGGCGGCUGGCGGCUCAGCUGCCGCCGGGUGCCCAUCCCUGCACGCGAGCCUGAUCGGACCGCGGAGAUCCGACGAAGAAGGCGGUACCUGCCGCCGGACCUUUGCGACGAUCCGGCAUACGCCAUCGACUCCGGCAGCUGGCGUACAUAUCUGUCGACCGAGACGGAUAAGAGAAGAAGGGCGGGCUUCAUGGGCGACAGGGAUUUUCCCUUCGGGUCUGCAUCGCCGACUCGUCCACGACGACAGGAGGCGCCGAGGCGUCGUCAGCAGGCGGCAACGCACGCGCAGCACAACGACGACGACGACCACGAUGACGACGCCUACGCCGCGUACGACGAUGAGGACGACUACAUCGAGGCGCUCGCACAGGUGCAUCAAGAGCUGAUCGAAGUUGAGGUAGCCCAAGAAUCCGCACGCGCUGGGGGUGAAGAAGAGGUAGGCGGAGAGCCCCAUCUCCUUGGCCACGUGCACGGCGAACCCCAUGGCGCCGUCGGCAACGACGCAGGUUACCGGCGGGACGCCCUCCGUGCGGCCGAGCCGCUGGACGAGCUCCCUGACGUGGCCUGGGCACGCCCGCCGCGUGGCCUCGCAGAGCGCCCAGAUGUCCUGCGUGGCGUCGAGCUCGGCACGAGGGAGCCCGUCGGGGAUCGUCUCGAACCGGAGGCCGUCGGCGGCGGCGCCCACGACGGCGCCGGGCCCGCGGGACCGGAGGAGGCGGCCGUGGUUGUGCUCGGUGUGGACGAAGGUGACGUAGAAGCCACGCGCGUGCAGGGCCUUGGCCAGCCGAAGGAACGGGUUCACGUGGCCCUGCGCCGGGUAGGGAAUCAGCAGGACGUGCGGCGUUGUGGUCGCCGGCUGCGACGAGGGCGCCAUCUCUAUGGUCUUGCUUGCUCUCCUAUGCUUUGGUUCGGUCAGGUGUAG